AUGCCUCCCACGUCUCUUCCUCCUUCACUUUCGACGUCCCCUCGCUUUCCUGUAUCUGGGCCUGAAACCGGAGAGCUGUCUUACAUCACGCGCAGGUCGUUCGAGUCCGAGCCUUCGCUGAGUGACGCGCUUGGAGGUGCGUUUGAUUCUCACUCACAAUAUCAGUUUGCAGCGCGUUUCAACCUGAGCAUCCUCGAGCUGUCGUGCUGA